CAAAGCAGUUCUUCUAACUUGAUGCUUCCUGUUGAUCAUAAAAUACAUCCUCCUUCAAAUUUAGAAGAAUGGUUAUCAAAAAAUCACAUUGAAGACUGGCCUUUUAUGAUUGAAAAAGAUUAUUGUUGUCAUGUUGAUUCUUCUAGUAAUGAAAAGAUUUCUGAUAAGUUCAAGACAAAUUUAUUAUUUCAAAGCAAAACUUUGGACAGUUUAAGUUUCCAAGUUGAAUCACUCGAUAAAACAAUUCAAGAAUAUUCAUCAUUCUUUUUUGAAACUUCAGAUGUGGCUUUUCAUAAAGAACAAAUACAUAUUAACUUUGAAAUGGAACGAAACAGAGAUGAAAGAAUUCGAAAAUCUAAAAAGAGGAAAGAAAAAAGUUUGAAAGGCAAUGACUCAGAUAAUGUUUUCCCUGGUUUCUCACACAAUGAUUUUACAGCUUUACCUGCAGGCUUUGAAAUACAUCAAAUAUUUAAUUUCGUUUUAAAGAAUGAAAAAUUCAAAAUUAGCAAAAGAUUAAUAAAAUACGUAAUUUCUAAUGCUUCAAUUGCAGUUCUAAAUGAUUUAUUUUGGUUGAUAUAUUUGCAACUUUUGAGUCAGCAGUCACAAGAAAAGUUUCAUUUCUUUAAUCGAAUAUCUAAAAGUUUUGUGUUACUGCUUCUAAGUAUACCAUUUAAUGAUAAAGAUUCUUUUUUAAAGUUGUACCCAGACUGUUUAUGUCAAGCAAUAUACUUGAUGUUUAAUGUAUCUUCAACUUUUGACUAUCUGUUUGCUGAUUGGUUGAUUAAAACUGUUUUUUAUUGGCUGACUGGUGUAAUUCCAAACGUGGAUGAAGUUACAAAAUCAUGGAAUGUUGAGACUCUUAAUCUUCCAACAUUUUUAAAAGAGCAUACAAAUAAAGAAGAAUUGACCAAAAAUAAUGAUAAUUCAGAUGCAAAAGAUAUGAAAGAUUUGUUUUUUAAACAUUUAGAAAAAAAUAUGGUGUUAACUUCUUUCAAGAGAAAUCUUCCAUCAUAUAAAUUUAAUAUUAAAAUGGAAAAAUUUAUUCCAUCAUGCAAAAUUUUGAAACAAAAGCAGCCUGAAAUUCUUCUCAGCCCACUUGUUUCCCAAUAUUUAAGUUCGAAAUCUUUGCAAACUGAAAUCGAUGUGAUGCAAGCAGCAAAAGCAAAUAUCAAUAAUCCAAUCAACCAAUCAAAAGCAAAUAUCAAUAAUCCAAUCAACCAAUCAAAAGCAAAUAUCAAUAAUCCAAUCAACCAAUCAAAAGCAAAUAUCAAUAAUCCAAUCAACCAAUCAAAAGCAAACAUAAAAUAUCAUCAAGCUUGUGAAAAUAAAGAGAGAAAAGAAAAUCACAGUGAUAAAGUUUUUAUAAGUUUGGUGUCUAGUUAUUUUAAAGAAUCAAAAACAAGAUAUGAAGAAUACAAAGCCCUUACUUCACAAUUGCAACAAAAGCUUCGUCGAAUAAGAAUUCAAAGUACUAAAGACAAAAAUAAAUUACAAAAAUUUCACAAAGAUCUUCUUUUGAAUCAAAAUGAAGUAAAAAUAUUAUGUGAUACAAUCAUGGCUUCUAGGUCUUUUAGCCGACCAAGUACUCAUACAACAAAUGAAACAUCCGAAGGUGAUAAGGACGAGUAUGGAACAAUCGAAGAUGAAAAAGACGAGUACAGAACUUAAAAUGAGUUUUAAUUUUUUUUAUUUGUAAAUGUUUAUUUAUUGUUUAAUACGAAACGUUCAAAUAAA